UUUUCAGGUCGUCUAACGCUUUUGUCUCGCAAAAACUGUAUUCCUCGCAGCCAGACUUGGAUAUUUUCUCCGCAAGUAAUGUGGAAGGAUGGACUACUUGGAGUGUAAUUUUGGACCCUCUUGCACUUGUGAUCAUCGUUCAACCUUAGUCCAUGGGACAACACCUAGCUUUUCAUCACCAGACAGCAGAGGCUGCGAUGUGAUGACUCGUUCAUCCCAGUAUAGCAAGAAAGAACUCAGUGACAGUAUGAUACCCAAGAGGGCAAGAAGUGAAGGUAGCAGAGCUGGAGCCUUUGAUUGCAGAAUGUGCGAAAGGGUGUACCAAACUGAGGAAGAGUUGGAGAAACAUCUGCUCAAUCAUGCUGAACAUCGCCCUUACAAAUGCCCUCAAUGCAACAAAGGAUUCAAACAACCCUGCCAUCUUAAUCAACAUCUGCGAACGCACACAGAUGAACGACCAUUCCCUUGUGAGGUGUGCCGCAAAUCCUUCAAGCAAGCUUGCCAGCUCAAACAACACAUGAGGCUUCACACAGGAGAGAAGCCAUACCACUGUUCGCAGUGCAGUCGCUCAUUCAAGCAAGCCAGCCAAUUAAACCAGCAUGUCCGCCUCCACACUGGUGAGAAGCCCUACAAGUGCAGCCACUGCGACAAGACAUUCACCCAGGCCAGUCAGCUCCGCUCACACAAGAAGACACACGAUCCCAAACCAGAAAGGAAAGCCAUGUCAAGGAAACCGAAGUCUUUGCCACGGGGAGGGGUGGUUUUACCUGCUUUCACCACAAAAGUUUCUACGCAAUCCAUGGUAUAUCCUCAAAAACAACCCAGCUUCAGCCCUCCCUUGAAAAUGGAUCAUCCAACAUUUGGUGGUAAUUUCAAACCUCCACUCCCAUAUGGUGCUGCAGGCGCAAGUUUACAGGUAUGUCACAUGCGAGAAAUCCCGGUUUCCACUAUACCACAUGACUUCACAGUUGGGUAGACUGCAAUAGACUUCUUUCAAUGGACGUACUGUAUUUUAGUGGUUCCAGGCAAAUAAUGUAAUAAUUGCAGGGCUCUAUUCUACAUGUGCACGUACAUUUUGCCAUGCUUGUUUGCUGCAGGUAUCUCUCUCAGCCUUUGGUAAUGAGUUAGUUAACUGUUAGGCAACUGUUAGCACUUUUACUAACAGUACUUGUAGAAUUCAGCCUUGAAUACAGUAACCAUAAUUAUUGUAAGUUGUUAUUAUUAAAUGAUAAAUUAUUACAGCUGUAUGACUCAUUUUAGAAGUCUCAUAGCCAGGAAUAAGAAUGGGCACGCGAGCAUUUAUGAUACUGUUUGAAGGGACAGGGAAUGUAUGGUAUAAACAGUGACACCUAAGGCCAAACAAUGGACUACCAUUGCAAUAUUAGGUUAUUCGAACUUUCAAACGCUAUUGACAGAGGUGCAGAUUGUUGAUAGUCUUAGUGAGAACUGUAAGCAUUGAAGUUGAAGUAAUAUAUCAAACAAAAAAGACAGUCUUUCACCACAUUUCCAGACACCACAAAGAGAGUUGAAAAUAU